AUGGCGUGGCCUAUGGUGUGGCCCAGGUUAAGAACUGCGCGGGUUUUUGCUUCUUUGAAGUCAGCAGCACAAACAGCAGCUUUUAAAGCAACUGCAGCAGCAACAAUCUGCAGCAAAGAGGCCAAAUUCGUCUGCUGCUGCUGCUGCUGCUGCUGCUGCUGCUGCUGUUGCUGCUGCUGCUGCGGUCGCUGGCACAGCAGCAGCUCUUGCGGCUGCCCCUGCUCCAGCUCCUCCCGCUGUUGCUGCUGCUGCUGCUUCACCUGGUGCUGCUGCAGUUGCAGCUGCUGCUGCUGCUGCUGCUGCUGCAGCUCCUGCUGCUGCUGCAGCUGCUGCUGCUGCUGCUGCAGGCCUAAGGCCAUGGGGUCUGCGGUAAGGAGGCGCUUCAGCAGCGACGGGCUUAAAGCAGCAGCUAUUUUGACGAUUUCUGCAAAGCCUCCUCGGGCGUCUCUAGGGUUUAGGGUUUGCAAAAACCCUAAAUCGAUAAUGCAAGCAGCAGCAGCAAAAAAAGUCCCAAUCAUGUUUUUAAGACCGCCCGCAUUCACUCCAGUUUUGCCGCCAACUGCAGCAUCAGCAGCAGCAAGCAGCGUCGUGGGCAGCAGCAGCAGCCGCAGGCCCCGCAGCAGCAGCGAGCAGCAAAAGCCAAUAAGAUCUGUUGCUGCUCCUCCUCCUGCAGCAACAAGAACAGCAGAUCGGUCCAGCAGCAGCAGCUGCUGCUGCUGCUGCUGCUGCUGCGCUGCUGCUGCUGCUGCUGCUGCUGGCCCUCCUUCAAACACGCGCGACACGCGGCAGCAGCUGCUGCUGCUGCUAGCGCUGCUGCUGCCGCUGCUGUCGUCGCCCUCGCUGCUGCUGCUGCUGCUGCUGUGA